GGCUGCAUAUGUUUCCUAUUGGAAAAGUUGCUCGUUGCUCGUGGCUUGGACUUGGAGUUAGAAUCUACGGAAGUAACAGGAAAAUUCGACUUUGGCAACAAGGACAGAGAAAGUUGGUGACUUAAAGGACAAUAUGAGUGAUGUGAUGAAUGAAGAAAAAGUAGAUAGUGGAUUGAAUCAGGGAAUGGAUUCAGCCUGUGAUGAGAUGGAGGAUACUGAGGCAGCCAAUGAAGACUCGGAGAAGGCAGCCAAUGAAAUGGACGCAGAGGGAGCAGCCAAUGAGGGCCCAGAGAAAGCAACCAAUGAGAACUCAGAGGACCCAGAGGAGGGGAAUGAGGAGAAUGGAAAGGAUCCAUACAGCUACACUAAGCGUGAAGAAUUCACAUCAGAAAUUUUUAAGAUAGAAAUCUGUAACUUGCCUCGCUUUGGGUUUAAGGAACUGAAAAAAAGGCUAGCAAAACUUGAAUUAAAACCUGUUAAAAUCAAGUCGGUACCCCGAGCAACAUUUGCCUUUGCCACCUUCAGAAAUGAAGAGGAAAGGGAGUCAGCCAUUAGCAAAAUCAAUGGACAUGUUUGGCGCGACAAGAAAUUAACAGCAAAGAAAGCCAGUGCCACAGCAGACCCACUUCUGAAGAAAAGAAGGGCUGGUGGACAGGGAGAUGAUGAACCCUCAGUGAAGAAACUGUGUGUGGGUGAGAAAGGAGAAGAGAACCUCUCUCCAGAUGAACGGUUAAAGAAAGCUGUGAGUCCACUAUGGAAUAUGCCUUACGACAAGCAGCUUGAGUCAAAAUCAGAAGAAAUUGGACAAAUUAUGAAAAAUUUUGCCAAUCAGAUCUUCAAGAACAAUGCAAGCCUAAGGGAUUGGUUAACAGAGCAAAGGAAGAAAUAUGAUGGUCACUGUUGUGAAUUACAACCAAUCAAACCUUCUCCUGUCCAGACUGGAUAUCGCAACAAGUGCGAGUUCACCAUAGGUCAGGAUAUAGACAAAAAUGAUAACACUGUUGGGUUUCGAUUUGGUCAAUACAAGGAUGGUACCAGCUCUGUGGGAGAACCCCACUGCCUGUCCAAUAUUCCUGACACCAUGAAAACCGUAGUCAAGAGUUUUCAGGACUUUAUAAGACUCGGCCCCUAUGGGGCGUAUAAUCCUGAGACCCAUGCCGGACACUGGAGAAUGAUGACCGUUCGCACCACUCGCUCUGAUGUCAUGGCCAUCGGGGACUUCCACCCCCAGCAGCUGUCCUCUGAAGAAAUUGAGAAGGAAAAAAACAGACUUCACGAAUACUUUUCGUCGGGGGAGGGGAGGUCUAGUGGAGUUACUUGUCUGUACUUCAGAGUGUACUCAGACAGAAUGACAGGAAACACAACUGAGCCAUACAAACAUGUGCUGGGAAAAACGAAUAUUCAAGAAACUCUUCUGAAUAUGAACUUUGAAAUUUCUCCAGAUGCUUUCUUCCAAGUGAAUACAGCGGGAGCGGAAGUAUUGUAUGAACAGAUAGCUGAGUGGUGUGGUGCUACCACGACGACCACUGUCCUUGACAUCUGCUGUGGAACUGGGACCAUUGGUUUGACCUUGGCCAAGAGAGUAUCUUCUGUGAUUGGGAUAGAGUUAUGUCCUGAAGCCAUAGAGAAUGCCAAGAGAAAUGCACACAUCAAUGGCAUCACCAAUGUGACAUACCACUGCUGUAAAGCCGAGGACAUAAUCACACAGACCAUGAAGUCCAUCACGUCACAUGAUGUUGUGGCCAUUGUCGACCCACCCAGGGCUGGCCUCCAUCCACAAGUUGUUAGGGCAUUAAGAAAUUCUCCAUUUCUAAAGAAGAUUGUCUUUGUGUCCUGUAAUCCAAAAGGAGCCAUGAAUAAUUUCAUAGACCUGGUGCGACAGACCUCCAAAAAGAUGCGUGGCCAGCCGUACAGACCAGUCAAAGCUGUUCCUGUGGACAUGUUCCCCCAGACCAAACAUUGUGAACUUGUCAUUCUGUUUGAAAGAGAUUCCUGUACCUAGUAAACAAAUCUGUUGGACGUCUUCAUCGACAUUUCAGAUGUAUGGAAUGUAUGUUGAGAUCUACGUUUGUGAAAUAGAGGAAGAUAUACAGGAAUAUACAGGAUAUACAGAAAGACAUAAAUUGUGUACACAGGUUGUUCAACAAACUGACAGCCCUGACUGACAACACUGUUAAUUUUCUGUGAUCCCUUGUAGCAAGGUUCCACAGCUGUUAAUUUGUACCUAAGUAUAAACUUCUUCUAUAUGGUACAGCAAUAAACUGUCAAUCUGUAAA